AUGCCUCCCUUUUCCAGAGGUGGAAGCCACUUACUACGUCGGCUGCAGACGCGGGCUUCCUCCAGCAAGCCUCCUACUAACAAGCCUCCCUCACCAACAUCCAAGUUACCGUCCAAGUUAUUGCCCAAGCGGCCUCUGAACAGUCGGCCGACAACACUUGAGUCUCGUCGUACAGCUCGCGCCAAACCUUCAGCCGAAAAGCCAGUGGCAGAGAAGAAAGUUAGCAGCUUUGAUCCUCUCUAUGGCUUCACCGUACUCCGCAUCUCACUUUCUCAGUCAUUGGCAUCCUUCCUUCGUCAAGUCCAUAAGCAACACGCGCGACUCCCGCAACCCAUACGCUAUACCAUCAAUUUCAUAUACCUCCUCGGUGUUGCCUUUGCACUCAUAGUUCCUCCAGUGAUAGUAUUCCGCAACCAUUUCUACGACAUCAUUCGAGUCACUGGACCUUCGAUGAGCCCAUACCUCAACACAGAUUUCGAGGAUGGUGCCACAAGUGUACAUGAUAUCACAAGAAGUACCGAUAGGAUCCUGCUCAAACUGUACCGGCCGCGUUACGACCUUCGACGAGGCAUGGUGGUUGCCUUUCGAACGCCACAUGAUCCAGAGAGGUGGGCUAUCAAGCGCAUAGUUGCGUUACAGGGGGACCGAGUAUAUCCAUUAGCACAUUACCCUGGAUUGGAGGCAUUGUGUGGGAAAGGUUUGAUUGUACCCUUUGGUCAUAUGUGGGUAGAAGGGGACGUUUCCGACUCGAACAAGAAAGACUCAAGCAUGGACUCGAAUAUCUAUGGGCCUGUAUCUACUGGUCUUGUCUUGGGCAAGGCAUUGAACGUCAAUACAUCUCUUUUCGGCAGGUGGAUACCUAUUGAUUCUGACCAUUUCAAGCUACCUGGGCGUGUGCAGAUAGAUGCCGUUACCCUGCAAGACCCAGAUGAGGAGCACCAAUCACAACAAUUUGAAGCUAUUUUCCAGAAUGGCAAAGCGAUAGAGAUUCUUGAAGCCCUCAAAAGAGGGUUACGGGAAGAAGAGGGCGUUCAAAGGUGCAAAGAGAAUCCGGAGCUGUUAGACCUUUUUCACAUUAUCAGAACCCAGGCAAAGCGUCAGACCUACAAGCGCGACAGCCAGACAGCGGAGGUGGCUACGAGCCUUCUGGAAGUUGUUGAUGAUUUGCUGGCGGACUAG